CAGACAAAACCGAGCACUAAUAAUUCUCUUACAAGAAGACAACAAACGCUCUUCAUUUUGGAAAUUUCACUCUUAAACUAGACUACUAGGAUUCUUGUUUCCACCUCCUCUCUACCCCAUCAAUACACACAAAAUUCUAUACUUCUGCAUCUAUAUAUAUAUGUCCUUGGUUCUUGUGUCCAAGUAGAAGAAGAGAUAAGAUUAAAAAAAAAAAACACAGUAUGAGGAGAAACAGUGGCAAAAUCUCUGCAAAAUGGAUACCCAUUUUCUCUGUUUCUUUCUUCUUCUUUGGGAUGCUUUUUACUAAUAGGUUGUGGGCUCCACCUGAAUCUAAUGGUCAGCUGAUGUCAAGGCAGAGACAGGAACAAGAGCUGCAGAUCAUUUCUGAGGACUGUACUACUAAGAAGAAACCCGAAGAAGAAAAGGAUGUGAUGGGAGAAGUUCAUAAAACCCAUGAUGCAAUACAAUCAUUAGAUAAGUCAAUUUCUAUGCUUCAAAUGGAGUUGGCAGCGAGUAGGAGUGCUCAAGAGGUAGUCAAAUCUGAUGGAAUGUCGGAUAAUUCGCAUGGGGAGCCGCCAAAGAAGAAAGCUUUUGUAGUCAUUGGAAUUAAUACUGCCUUUAGUAGCAGAAAGAGGCGUGAUUCAGUAAGACAGACUUGGAUGCCUCAAGGGGAUAAGCUUAUCCAAUUGGAGAAGGAGAAGGGAAUCAUCAUCCGGUUCAUGAUUGGACAUAGUGCAACAUCAAACAGCAUUUUAGAUAGAGCUAUUGAUUCUGAAGAAUCCCAGCACAAGGACUUUCUCAGGCUGGAGCAUGUUGAAGGAUAUCAUGAAUUAUCUGCAAAAACAAAGAUAUUUUUCUCCACUGCUGUUUCGAAAUGGGAUGCUGAUUUCUAUGUCAAAGUUGACGAUGAUGUCCAUGUCAAUUUAGGUGUUUUUGCUGCAACUCUUGCCCGUCAUCGGUCGAAGCCUAGAGUAUACAUGGGGUGUAUGAAAUCUGGACCUGUUCUUGCUCAAAAAAAUGUCAAGUACCAUGAACCAGAAUUCUGGAAGUUUGGAGAAGAUGGAAGUAAAUACUUCAGACAUGCAACCGGACAGAUCUAUGCUAUCUCAAAGGAUUUGGCUACAUACAUCUCAAUCAAUCAGCCAAUAUUGCACAAAUAUGCCAAUGAAGACGUGUCUCUUGGUUCAUGGUUUAUUGGUCUUGAAGUUGAGCACAUUGAUGACCGCAAUAUGUGCUGCGGAACUCCACCAGAUUGCGAGUGGAAAGCUCAGGCAGGUAACGUAUGUGUUGCAUCUUUCGACUGGAGUUGUAGCGGAAUCUGCAAAUCUGUGGAGAAGCUAAAAUUUGUUCACGAAAGGUGUGGUGAAGGGGAUGAAGCUCUAUGGAGUGCUCUUUUGUAAAUUCUUGCUGAUAUCUGCGCAUGAUCUUCUUUCUGAUAUUUGCGCAUGAUCUUUUGCACACAAGAAUCCAGCCCUUCUAAGCUACCCUGGUAGGAAGUUCUAAAAUCGAUGCCGUGGUUUUAUAGACUCAUAAACCACAUUUAGCACGGAAAAUUGUAUAAAUUAUGUAACUGUAAUUCCAGAUUACAGGUAGUUGCUCUGCUUGACAUUAUGAUUGGUGGUUGUAGAAAUUUUAAUCAGAAAAUGAAAUUUUGUGCUUCAUUUCA